AUGACGGACCUUUUCGCCGUGGACCUCUUCAGGCGGCUCUGGUUGGAAACAGAUAUGUCUACUUCACCCAGUGAUCAUGAUCACGGCAAAGGGGGUACAGAUUCAGCAGCAACGGUAGGAAAGUCAACGGGUCCUAGCUAUGUAUAUUACCAUCUAUACACCAAACUUGGUGCAUUUGAAUCAACUCAACCCCUCUACCACAACGACCGCUUCAUUGGCCGCAUUCCGUCAAAAUCUGUUACCCCUCCUCGUACAGUGGCGUCUCUCAAGCGGUGUCUGUGCAAACUUGAGGGCCUCUCAGAGCCCGACAAGGCGCUUGUCUACACACCGCUCUCAAGCCCAGCACCCAUAGAAGACUCUGCCCGCCUCUCUUUCCACGCUCCUUCUGGGCCAGGGCUGUCCGAACAAGAUCCGAUUGCGUUGGUUGUCGAGUCGGAGAAGAGGAUCAAGGAGGUCACACAGUCGGACAAGCUGCCGGAACGCUCUGAUGAUACUGAUAUCCACUACGUGUACUAUCGUGUCUAUUCAUCAGAGGGAGAUGAAAAGGCAAAGACGUCCUUUGACGAAACUGACAGCUCGUUAGGGCGCAUUAACAGCCUCUUCGUCACUCCCCCUCACAACGUUGGGUCUUUGAAAGCAUGCAUCGCAAAAUUUGAAGGCAUCGUCGAUGCCCUUUACCAGGACAUGGAACUCUUUGAGGACGUGGAUAGUGACGCCGCCAUGAGCGACUCCGAUGUCAUAUCCUUCCAAGGUGACACUCAUCCGGGUAGUGAUGAAGGCAAUCCCGUAGCCCUUGUCAAUGCAGCCGCCAAUACAGCAGCGCCUACACCAGGUAAAGUUUUCAGUGAAUAUCCACUGGACAUUGCGGCAACAAAGUGUGCUCUUUUAGAUAGACCAGAGCCAAAAUUCACGAAAAGAGCUCGGUCAAAGUAUACUUACGUAUAUAAAGCGCACAAUCCCAUCUGGCUAUCGAUAGAGAGAGAUGAGAUCUUUUACACGGAUGGAGUUAUCCUCUCCAUGGAGAGCUCCAUUCUUAAAACUUCUUUCCCAGGAUACAUGGCGAUCAAUUCAAAGGGUGAAAAAGGCUUUGUGUGUCAGGAGCGUUCUUCCUUGAAGCUCGGAUCCUGUCUGAUCGAGUGCCCGCUCGUUCUAGUCCCACGACCUUCUCUUGCCUCUCUCGCACCUCUUUUCCCCUUCGCUUAA